CCGGACCGGGAUAGGGCGUGGGGCCGCGCGUCGGGACGUCCCUCGCGUCGGCCCUGACGGCGCCUGCGCGCUGCGGGGCCGGCUGGUGUGCUGGGGGCGGGGCGGGGGCCGGUGUAGCCUCUGUACCUAGUUGUGCCCUGGCGCCACCCGGUCAUCGCUCAGGUCGCCGGCGCCAUGAAGAUCUGGACAUCGGAGCACGUCUUCGACCACCCAUGGGAAACUGUUACAACAGCUGCAAUGCAGAAAUACCCAAACCCUAUGAACCCAAGUGUGGUUGGAGUUGAUGUGUUGGACAGACAUAUAGAUCCCUCUGGAAAGUUGCACAGCCACAGACUUCUCAGCACAGAGUGGGGACUGCCUUCCAUUGUGAAGUCUCUUAUUGGUGCAGCAAGAACAAAGACGUAUGUGCAAGAACAUUCUGUAGUUGAUCCUGUAGAGAAAACAAUGGAACUCAAAUCUACUAAUAUUUCAUUUACAAAUAUGGUUUCAGUAGAUGAGAGACUUAUAUACAAACCACAUCCUCAGGACCCAGAAAAAACGGUUUUGACUCAAGAAGCUAUAAUCACUGUGAAAGGAGUUAGCCUCAGCAGUUACCUUGAAGGAUUGAUGGCAAGUACGAUAUCCUCCAAUGCUAGUAAAGGCCGAGAAGCAAUGGAAUGGGUAAUACACAAAUUAAAUGCUGAGAUUGAAGAACUGACAGCCUCAGCAAGAGGAAGCAUACGGGCUCCAAUGGCUGCAGCAGCAUUUACAGAGAAGUGAUAGUGAAAGUUGGUAGGCAACGUCGGGUACUCCAGCUCUCUCCAAGCUGACUAUAUAUUUAUUUGUUAUUUAAAAAAUACAACUAUACUUUAGGUAUUUUUUUUUCUAAGUUGGUAUAAGGCUAUGUGACUUGAUCAAAACAGAUGCAGGGCCUGUAAAUAAAACGGAUCAUCUGAAAUUAAUGUUUUUUGAAAUUAACUAUCUGAUUUUGAGGGUUCCAGUAUUUCUGUGAAAAUUCAACAAGAAUUCCUUGGAAAUGAGUACUGAUAUUGAAUCUCCUUAAGGUAGGAUUUUCACGCUUUUCAUACACUGGAACUCCACCUGACUUUGGACCAACCCCAGAACACAGCAGACCCUACUGCCCUGCUGCUGUAUACUUGAACAGCUUGCACAAGGGAACUCACCUAAAAGGAGAAAUUGUGUAGUUUUAAAAUAUAUUUUGUGUAAAAUAACUUGCUCUGCUAUAAACCACCAUUAAAAACCAGUGUUUUGAUUUGGUACUUAAUAUUUUUGGAGUGAAAAUUAUCACUAAAGUAACAUGACUCCAACAAAAGUAUGGUUUCAUUAUAUUAAAGAGUACUGUAUUGAUUUGCCAAAGUUUUGUAACUUAGUAAAGGUAUUAACUUCCUUGGAUUUGUACUUUAUGAUUUAGUAUGCUGUACCGUGGGCUGGUUAUGUUAACUGAAAAAAAUAAAGUCAUUACCUGAGUUUUGCAGCGCUCUAACUUAAACAGAAGAACGGCUGUUCACAUCUUUUAGCAUUUCACAUUUGCCUAACUUAAAAAUUGCCAUGUGUCAAAAUCAUGGUUUUGUAAUUGCUAAGGCAUGAUAUGUCAGGUUAUUUGAAUAUAAUUACUUUUUGAAGUAAUUGUGACCACAAAACAUCUUUUUUACAUUAAGGAGCUGUACAUCAUUUGAAAUUACUCAAGUGAUGUCUUGCUCUGAAGCAUAAACCCCAGGUACUGAAUGUUUUUAAUAAUAUGGUGCCAAUGCAGGGUUUGGGGGUGGUGGGAAAGAACAAGGAUAAUGGUGGGGGGAGGCUUGGCCUGAAACCAACCACUGAGUGAAUUGCACUGCAGCUUUUAUUGAUGGGAAUUCUGUGUUUGGGAUGUCAGAGGGCAGCUUGCAAACUGAAAAUCCAAUAAAUGUACUUUGUUUUCUAUUUUGUAGCAGCCAAUUAGUAACCACUAAAUAAUAACUUUGACAUUUGCAAUUGUUGCAUAGAGAGUAUUUUUGCUACAAGAUGAUUAGCUCUUGCCUUUAUUUUACAGUGCUUAGUGUGAUAAACUUCUAGUCCUGUUUCCUAUCAGAGACCAGUUAAUAUAUGUACAUAACCACAGAAAUAGUAUAGCCAAACUAUUUUUAAAUUAUCGUUUUCCUACUUAAAAAUUGUAUAGCUUAAGACUUUUUAGGACAUUUGUAAAAGCAGAUUAAAUUCAAUAAGGUUUCUGAUUUUUUUUGUAACCGGAUAUAGUUUUUACAAGUGAAAUAACAUUUCAGCUAAAUAUCGCUAAAUAAUUGAUAUUUGAUGAAAAUCUGCCUUGUAUAAUUUCUGCAAAUUAUACUUGUUCUGAAAAAGGUGUCAUGCCCUAAUAGAUUUUUAAACAAAUCCUUAUCCUUUGAUUUUUUUAAACGCUGAUCUAAUUAUAAAACUAUAAAUUUUCAUUUUCCAGUGCAGUUGGUUACAUUUUUUGAAAUAGCUGGUAAUUGAUAGCUUUUACCUGUGAAUCAUAAAUGCACCGCAAGCAAAUGAAUUUAAGAGGACUAAACUGGAAUAAGUGUUCAUAAAUGAAACCCUUGGACUAUUUAAUACUAAAGUUGAAAUGUGGAUUAAGAAAAACUUUUGUUAAUAAAAACUUUCUUUUAAGU